UUCUAAACCGGAUGUUAUUUGCUAUUACUAUGAGACUUGAAGCUAGCCCAAUAGCAGAAACAGGCGUAGCAAGGUUCAUCAAUAACACCUUAUCAUCUGUCUAACUGAAGUGUUGUUCUGUUCGGACCAAGAUUCCGGCUCUUAACGCAGCAUCAUGGCGUCUGGAGGCCCAAUGAUGAAUGGAGACAUCACUCGUUCUCCCAACGGGAUGGGCACGCUGGAGGAAACUGUGCAGCAGAUGAACGUCCUCAUUCAGGAGAACAUAGAUUUGAAAGAGGCUAUACGUAAGACCAACAUUAUGAUGAAAGAACGUUUCGAGGGUCUGUCAGCAUGGCGGGAGAAGCACCAGGAGGAGCGCAACCAACUGGUCAGUAAGCUCGAUGAGGCUCAGGUUCAAAUGGAGGCUAUGACGCUUCAAAACCAGGAACUGAGCAAAAAACUGGAGGAGGCGGGGAUGUUGACUGACAUUUUGGAUAGCUCACAAGUAGCAAGUCACAGUGUAGAGGUGAACACCCUACGUGCACAGCUGGCCCGGUUGCAGGCAGAGAAGAACGAUCUGGUGGCUUUGAACUCUGAGUUGCAGCUGAAGGCUGACCAGAACUCGCAUGAGGACUCUUUCAUCGAGAUCAUCAAAGUGUCUGAUGACAACGUUGUCAGCAAACACCCCGACAUGGGCAUGACAGCAUCCCGGCUGGACAGCGAGGAGGUGACCGUCAGCCACCUGCUGCAGUCCCUAAGGAACGAGACGCAGCGGGCCGAGCGGCUGCAGGGCGAGCUGCACGCUACCUUUGACAAGAUAAAAAAGCUGGAGGAGAGGAAGAGUAAUGUUAAUGUAACAACGCAGACUUCCAUGGCAGCAGACACCAGAGAGGAUUGUGGGAAGGCUCCUUCAGAGUUAGAGACUAUCAAGUCUCAGAUGAGGACACUGUUCAAUGAGCUGCAGCAGGCCCAGAGCAAGCUGGAUGAAGCAGAAGGCAUGAAGAAGAACCUGCAGGACAGAUGUCGGGAGGGGGAGCAGGACGUAGUGACUCUGAAGGCUCAGCUGGUGGACAAACAGGCUGUCCAGACGGAGAACGAUCGGCUGAAGCUGCAGCUAGACAGCAUGCAGGCACAGAGUUUAAUUGAGCAGAGGAAGGGUGUGGAAGAGAGGAGCAACUUGGCCCAACUGAAGGAUGCAUACACACAGUUGUUUGAAGACUACAAUGAACUCAAGGAGGAGAAGAAGAGAAGCGAGUCUCAGCUGGUGAGUAGGGAAGUGGUGGAUGAGCUUCAAGGUCAGCUGACUGCUGCUGAAAAAGCCCUGGCAAAUAAACAGGAGAAUAUCGACCAGCUGAAGAAGGAGAUCUUCCAGAAGGAGAAGGAGCUGGAGACCAUAUGUGUAUUGCAGGCACAGGCUGAGGUCUACUCUUCUGAUUUCUAUGCCGAACGGGCAGCGAGGGAGAAAUUGCAUGAAGAGAGAGAGCGUCUGGCUGUUCAGCUGGAAUAUGUCAAGAAGCAAAACAGCCAUCUUCAGGAGGAAAUGGAGUCGAUGAGUCGGCAGACAAUGUUAGAAAUGCAGAAAAGACAUGUGGCAAAUCAACAUGGACGAGGAGCAGCUUUAGUUGGGAGAGGUACCGACUGGCAGCAUCAGGGGAGUAUUCCUGAACACGUCUGUCCCAAGUGCAAUGACAUACUCCCAGACCUAGACUCUCUGCAGAUCCACAUUAUGGACUGCAUCAACUAGCCUGUCAGCAUAGUUAGCAUUAUUUGCACUUUAUCCCCAAGUCUUCCUCUUGUUGCACCUCCUUUCUCUCCAACAAAGGAUCUUUUACUUCUUAUGCAAGAUUCAGAAGAGUUUGUAUACUUUUUUUUGUUGUUGUCUUCCAUGUGUUUGUUAGGGUGUUGACCUGAAUAAUCUGGACUCUGUAAGGACUCAAGAGGCUUUGAAUGGAGCAUCAAGUGUGGGCCUUUUAAUAUAAUGUGGUUGCUGAAUGGGUUGUAUUGAGGAGGAAGCUAAUGUCACAUGGAUUUUAUUUUAGUCAUGUAACUUAUUUAUCCAACUUACAAAUUAAUUGCAAAUGCUAAUAAAAUGCAAAUGAUUUACAGUGUAAAAGAAAAAAAUAUUGUCCCUGGUGCCUCCCUUGUUUGUGGGGGUUAGCAUACAUCCCCAUUCUUCUGGUUUCGUUUGGUUUGUCGCACCCAAGAACCUCCUGAUUGAGGUUAAUUAGGUUUGAAGGGACUUCCUGAUGUGGCCUUGUCCUGGGGGGGGGGGCUUUGAACAUAGUUAUUUCCUCUGGUAUUAUUUGUUACCCCAGGUGACAGAUGCUUGAGGGGGGAAUUGAAGCUCUGCAAAAGGACAUAAAAAGCAAUGCACAUAAAAGAUGUUAUGUAAGUUAUACCUGUAAACUAUAAAUGUUCACGUUUAAUUAACCUUGUGUAUUUCUGCAUUUCAUGUAAUACUCAACUUCCUCCUCAAAUACAUUUAUUUGACAUUAGUUCCAACUUCCUAGAUACACAUAUGUACAAUUACUGAAGUGAUGACAAACAUUAAAAAAACUGGCCCCCGGGCACUUGUGGUAGCUGGGACUUGAAAUAUUUUUAUACAAAUAAAAAACGUUAACUGCGUCA